GUUGUGGUUAUUUUUAGAACACUACUUGGGGCGGGUCAGGGAGACGGAAGUCUUGACCAGCCAUUUCCUCCCAUGUCCCGGAAGCUGCGGCGUUGUGGUUGCCGGCCCUGGAGAGUAAGGAGCAGGCGCUGGGAGCCAUGUCGUGAGGCUCGCUGAGCUGCGCUGACGCCGCUCAGAAAAGGCCCUGCCGAGCAGGGUGGCGGUGGUUCUGCCUCCUAUAUGGGCCAUAUUCUUUCGCGGAAAGGAACCAAUCCGAAGGCGGAGAAAAAUCACCUCCGCGCCCCCCUGAGGGGGAAGGUCCCUCCGCCGCCACGGACCCGGACCUGCUUCCUGCGUGGGCCCUGCAUGCUGUGCUUCCUGGUCCACAGUUCCAGUCCACCCGCCGCCAAGGAGCAGCCGUCGCCUUCACUCUUCUGUACGGCUGUGAAGCCCCCCGGGAACCGCCACGCUCGCCGACUCCUGCGCUGGGCCCCCGUGGCCGUCUGGGAAGAGCGGGGUCGCCGCUGCCGGCGCUUGCUCUUCUCUAGCCUGCUCUUUUCGCCGCCGCUAUCGUCAGCGCGCCGGAGCUUAUUCGGGUCGGCGCUGGAGAGCAGCGAGGCCCCCGUGGAGAUGGUGUGCAAGCGCAAAGGAAUUGGGCUACGCGCCUGCCCGCCGCGGAAACAGCCCCGUUGCGCCACCCUCAGGGGAAAUGCGGCGGGGACUGGGGCCCCUUCGCCGCCGCCCGAGACCACCGGAUGCCAACAGGUCCUCUUGCCCGAGCAGCACCUCUGUCCCCUGCCCCGCGCUGCAGGCUGUGCCAGGGAAGGUUCGCCUAAAGACUCCGCCGGGGAGGAUGGGAAGGGGCUAAUCCCAACGGGCUCUCCCUCGCAGCUGCCGGAGCUCGAUGGGAGAGAGAAGCACGAGCCCGGGGAACCGUACUGUGAGGAGCCCCCCGAAAACCCGCCGGACUGUUGCCAGGACUCGCAACCACCAGUGCCGGAUAUUAACCAACUGCCUCCCUCCAUCCUUCUCAAGAUAUUUUCCAAUUUAUCUUUGAAUGAGCGAUGUCUUUCAGCAUCAUUGGUUUGUAAAUACUGGCGUGACCUCUGUUUAGAUUUCCAGUUUUGGAAACAAUUGGAUCUCAGUAGUCGUCAGCAGGUCACUGAUGAAUUACUGGAAAGAAUUGCAUCACGAAGCCAGAAUAUAACUGAAAUCAACAUUUCUGAUUGUCGUAAUGUAACAGAUACUGGUGUAUGUAUGCUAGCAUCUAAGUGUCCUGGACUUCUAAAAUAUACUGCCUAUAGGUGUAAGCAGCUGUCUGAUGCAUCUCUAACUGCAGUUGCCUCACAGUGUCCUCAACUUCAGAAAGUUCAUGUUGGUAACCAAGAUCGUCUUACUGAUGAAGGACUUAAGCAGUUGGGCUCAGAGUGCAGAGAAUUGAAAGACAUUCACUUUGGGCAGUGUUACAAGAUCUCAGAUGAAGGAAUGACCAUUAUAGCUAAAGGAUGCCUGAAGUUACGGAGAAUAUACAUGCAGGAAAACAAAUUAGUGACUGAUCAAUCUGUUAAAGCAUUUGCUGAACAUUGUCCUGAAUUACAGUAUGUUGGGUUUAUGGGCUGUUCUGUUACAUCUAAAGGAGUAAUACAUCUUACCAAUCUAAGAAACCUUUCCAGCUUGGACUUACGUCAUAUCACAGAACUGGAUAAUGAAACUGUGAUGGAGAUAGUAAAGAAAUGCAAAAACCUUACCUCCCUCAAUCUUUGUCUGAACUGGAUUAUAAAUGACAGAUGUGUGGAGGUCAUUGCUAAAGAAGGACAGAAUUUGAAAGAACUUUAUUUGGUGUCAUGUAAGAUCACAGAUUAUGCGCUGAUAGCCAUUGGAAGAUACAGUAUGACGAUAGAGACGGUUGAUGUGGGGUGGUGCAAAGAAAUCACAGAUCAGGGAGCCACCCAGAUUGCUCAGACUAGUAAAUCACUCAGGUACUUGGGAUUGAUGAGAUGUGAUAAGGUGAGUGAAGUGACUGUGGAACAACUGGUACAGCAGCACCCACAUGUCACCUUCAGUACAGUGCUACAAGAUUGCAAGCGGACCUUGGAACGGGCAUACCAGAUGGGUUGGACACCCAGUAUGUCCAGUGCCUCUUAACUCAAGCUCUGACAUUAAAAAAAAAAAAAGAUUUAGACUGAACAUUUGAAAAUGGUUAAGGAUUUUUAAUUAAUAUUUCUUGCUUUUUAUUAUAUAUAUGUUCAGUGUAUGUGUAUGUGAGAGAGAUAAAGAGUCUGUUUGGAGAGAGAGAGAGAGAGACAGAGAGAGAAUGAGUGUAUGGGAAAUAUCUAUUCAGUCUGUUAAUGGAAAUUUUGGAAAAAUAUGGUCAGAUAUAUUUAAUUUUUCUGAAAUGUUUAUUUGUCAAUUUAAAAUCUGCAAAUCAGUAAGAUUUUGCAGAGAGCUUGCUGUUUUCUUGUAAAUUGAAUGUUUACAUAAACUAGAAUACUGUUUGGAUGUUUUUUCAAGGUAUAUGUUCAUGAUAAACAAUUCUUUAGAGAUGCAUUAUAAGAUUUUUUUUUGUUCAUUGUUUAAAAGCUUUUGGCUACCUUCUGAAGUGAGUUUCUUCUAGAUCUAAGGAUAGUUUCAGCAAUGUAAUACGUUAUUAUGCCUUUUUGUUUCAUGGUAUUUCUUUAUUAUUAGCAGUCCAUAGUUCUUUUGAAAUUGUAAGUGGCAACUCUUUCUUGAGCUCCCCUUAAAUUAGAAGUAAUUUAAAGAUAAUCUUAAAUCAGAUUAUCAAAAUUGUUGCUAACCUCUUGUGUGUGUUUGAAAUGCACAAUUAUGAAAAUCUACCAAGGUACAAAAAUAGAACAUUUUGAUGACAGAUUUUAUUUUGAAUGGAAUCUUUAAUAAAUGCUGGACAUAAGCAUAAUGAAUAUUUAACCAGGCUAUCUGGCUGGUCUCUAUUAGUUCUGCCAAAAUAAUAUUUUCUCAGUUGCUUGUGAAUGUAUUGCACUUAAGUAGAUAUUCCUUAAUUAGAUUUCUACAUCUUUGCACUUUCCAGUUUUGUAGUCUGUAAUCUAAUCUUCAUUUUAAUUUUCAGCACUUUUAAUUAAUUAGAUCCGUGAAAAGUAGUGUACCUAAGAAAUCAUGACUUCUCAGUGUGUAAAGAAGCCUCAGACUUGCAUUUCCUGUAUGCUUCUGCAGCAUCUCAAGGGAGUACAGGAGAAACAUAUGCUUCCAUUUAUAAUAAACCAUAACUUCCUGUUAAAUCUGA